CCGGGUUUCUUCUGUACAAAGAAAACCCUUCCGGGCUACUGGAUGAAGCCAUUAAGAUCUAUGCACAUCGAAGCAAUGGACUGGAAAUCCAUGUUUUGUGAAUAAAAUGUGUCUGUUAAGAAAAAGGAUGAUGCACUUGAAGAGGGAGACCAGAGAUGCACCAGCAGAUUCAGAGGCUGAGUAUGAUAACAUUUCAUCCAUCCCAGAAGACCUUCCAGCUUCAGAUAACCGGAUAACUGGAGAAGAAGGAAGAACUGUUCUAGCGUACAUUCUUAUUUAUUCAAACAGUUUAAUUCUAAAUUGUUUGACUGAAAAGCUGUUAAUGCAGGGAAUCAUUGAUCCCAAAUACGUAUGGUCUGGUCCCCGAGGACAAAUUACCAGAGAAUCUCAGAGGUUUCUUUUAACGGAUGAUGGUAGCUUGGAGAUUUAUAAUAUUAAAGGCAGUGACUCUGGAGGUUACACUUGCAAAGUGAAUUAUAUAUACAAUGCUGAACAAAUGACUGCCGAAAUCCAUUUCAUGGUUUAUGUGUAUCAUAUGCCAGAGAAGAGUCUCCGUCUGUCUUCUGAAUUCACAGUUCAAACCUGUGAAACCAAUGCGGUUGCUUCCUUUGAAAAGCAUUUCUUAAAGAACUUGGAGGGCUUAGUCUACAACCUGGGGUGUGAGAUCAAGCAGUGGAGUACACAGUGUCAUGCUUCUACAGACACACUGGAGAAGAUAACACACAAGCUUACUUUUCAGUUUGUAGUUUUCCCUUUAGCACUGACCAUAGCAGACCUCUGUAGAAGUUCUCAAUGUGGAAAUUCCACCAGCAACAUGAAGGAGGCAUAUACCAAGAUUAGUGAGUUCUUUGAAGCCGAAAACGCGAACUCCUCUCACAGUGAUUAUUCAAGUUACCUUCAUGGUACACUGAAUGGAGUUAAAGUAGACCACUGCAAGCCAGGAUUUGGGAAGAUCAUAAAUGCCCUCAGCAAUGAUACAGAAUGCCCAGGGUGUUGUGUCACCUGUCCGCCAGGUAGAUUCAGUGCAGAAUAUGCUACCACCUGCACUCUGUGUCCUGCUGGAUCCUACAAUGAAAAGUAUGGUCAAGCAGCAUGUGAAAAUUGUCCCAAAACGCAAAGCAGUGAUGGAGAGGGUGCAAAGACAGGAAGAAGUUGCCAUAAAAUUCUACCAAUGUGGAUGCUUCUUUUAAUAUCUUCUGCAGGAACCAGUCUUAUUCUUGUGACAAUUUGGGCCAUCAUAACUAAGUGCUGCAAAAAAACAAUAGCUGCUCAAUACAUCAGAGAAGCAGAAUCUGGACUUAAGAGGAGGCUGCAGGCCUUUGCGAAUAUUGCAAGUGAUGCGGAAGUACAAGAGCAAAGGAGCAAAUUAAGCCCCAUCAAAACGCACAGAAACAAAGUUGAUUUUCUAGAAGAUGAAUCGGUGGGAUUGCUAAGCAACGAUGAAGUGACAGAACCACCCACCCCUGCUGGUACAAGUCCAUCUCCUGCCCAAACAGGACUAAGCGAUUUAGAAAGUAGCUUUGAAGACAAGUCACUACCCACGCUGGACAAUGAAAAUAAUUUUGUUCCAAAGCGCCUGCCACACAAUCAGCAGAGAUUAAUUGACAUAAUGAAGCAAAAUCUGCCCUAGCUGCUGUAAGGUUCUUCGCAGCUUUGCACAAACCUACAAUUAGGAAACAGAGGAAUAACUUCCUAAACAAUGUUCGCAAGAAAGCUGAAAAAUGAGCUUACUUAGUGCUUGCAAAUUGGAAGCAAUUUUCAAUCUCUCUCAGAACCAUUAACAACACUAUUUCUGGAGAGCGGUUCAGCAGGAAAAUGUAGCUUCGAGAGGGCAGUGCAUUGAAGUACACUUGUUUUCCCCCUCAAACUGGCAAACUGUCCAGUUUAGCAGAUAAUGGAAAUUGUUGAAGAAGCUUACUUUACUUUAUUCUAUGUGAGAUUUGCACUCUGUAUUGUUAGUAGUUAGAAGAAUCUGUUCAAAAUGGUUGAUCUGGAGCAACGUGACUUGGGCACAUAUCAUAUUACUGAAAAGUCUAAGAGCCUGUUAGAGAAAAGAACCCCUUGAAUAAAUUGUCUAAUAUUGCUAUCUACUUUGCUGCUUGUAAUGCAUACAGUCUAAACCAAAUAAUACCAGUAUUAGCAGCCACUAGCAUAGUGGGACCAUUGACUUGCUUGGCAAAUAACAGAGCAACCCCUGUUUCACCCUAUACAAACUUGAAACCUUGUUUGCCUUUGACCCAUUGUUCUGCUAAAAGAAGGGCAAAAUGUACAAUGGAACCCACAAUCCCUUAAUGUCCUGGAAGGGGGGGGGAGAGCUACUGUUAACAGGUGUUUUUAAAUAUUUUGUCAAAAUAUUCCAUAAAUUGUCUUGAAAUCUCGUAACUUACUGAAUUCCAAACACAUUUACACAUGCACCCUAAGCCCUUAAACUCAUGCAUGGAAACAUUCCCACUUUUCACUUCAGCUCAUGCUCUGAGGCUGCUCCCGAGAGCCAAAUUUCAGAAUCAGCAUUUGGGCAAGGGGGUUGAAGUGCUAUGUAUUAUGGGUGAUAGGAAGAUGCUAAAGGAGCAGAACAGCACCUAAAAUCCUUUCAGAGAAUGUUUGAGCUCUCGGGCAUCAGUUGACACAGAGGUUUUUUAGCUUUUCCCUUCAGUUCCACCCUGGCCUGUGGAAUGAAGUGAUUUUUUCUUCUUCUUCCUUAAUUAUAUCCACUUGCUUUCUGCAUACUGGGCAGUGUGAGUUAAUGCAGGAAAGGAGAGGGCUCUUUAACUGUUAAUAACUGGGAUUUUGUGGGAAAGCAAAAGGAUUUUGAAGGGGCAACAUGUAAGCAUGAGAAACAGCAUCUGCUGAAAUUUCUCUUACGCAGCAUGUCUAAGGUAGUAGCUCUUUUUCUGAUGCCUUGCCAUUCCACACCUCCUUUACUUACCAGAUUUUCUACAAUACUGUUUCCCCCUUCCAUGUAAAAGGUAAAGCCAGCCAACCCAUAGCAGUAGGAAUGCAGUUCAGAGCACACCGUUGAAGGGCGCAUGUGCAUAAUAGAUAUUUUUUUCUUUAGUACUAUGCUCACUUUAGCACUAGUCCCUAUUCGGUGAAACAGCCAAUCUCACAUAGUGGACUGGGGUGCUGUUGCUUUCAUGCAGAAUAAUACGUGAUGGUCCUUUCCCCCCCUUUGGGUCUCCUCCAGCAGCAUAAGAGAAGAUGCUGGUUAUCCAACAUCUACCUAUUGUUGUAUAGAAAUGAAAGCUCCAAUAUUCAAGUAUGCCAUU